CAAAAUCCUCACAAAUUUUCAAUGCUCAGAAACCUUUUGAUUUGAAGUUCCAGCAAAUUCAUGGACUAAAGCUUUAGAUAAUCAGCAUGCAUUCUCUAAUUGGAGAUAUUUCUUGUUCUAUCUCCUACCAUUUCCAAUCCUGAAAUCCUUUUUUAAAAUCUGUUUUGCUCUGAAUCCCAUUGUAAUACUCGAUUGGGUAUUCGAUUCUACCUUGUUCUGCUUCAGAAAACCCAUAUGCGUUGACUUUUGAAUGCUAUUGAAUUUCGAAUUUCCAAAAAAUGGGCGUGUUUGAAGCCAAAUUCGUGAUCUUUAUGCUGAAUUUCCGUAUGGGUUCUGCUUCAAAUUCCCAACUGAAUCAAUUUUCACAGUAACGUUUAUUUAUUUAUCUUGGGUAUUUAUCGGGCAUGCUAAAAAAUUUCUCCCCUUUCUUGAUCUUUUAUUUGGCUUGAUCCAAUCUAUGAAGAUAAAUUACUCGAAUGUGUCCAACAGUCCCAAGUCCUUUCAGGCCUAUCCAAGGAACAUUGACUUUGAUUUAGAAUCAGGAACCAUCAAAAAAUCCAGAAAACCAAGAAGUUCCAGUCUUUUUCAUCCCAAAAAAAUGAUUAAAUCCCUAGGCAACAAAAUCCAGUACUACUACAAGCUUCAUCCUGUGCUGAUGUUCUUGAUUUCUUUAUCAAUUGGGAUCACAAUUCUUGUUUUGUUAUCUUUAUAUGAAAGCAAGUAUAGAAUGACUAGCAAUUAUAAUGGUAUGUAUAAAGUGGAUUCUGGUUCUUCUGAAUCAUAUCCCUUUGCUAGGUUGAUGAAUCUUGUGAUGGUUGCUGGGCAUUCUGUUUAUACUAGUAGUAGUUGUGAGAAGGUUGAUAAGGACGAUGCUUGGUUUUUGGAAUCUUAUCAGAAGCAUAAGGGUCAAGCUGCUACUUUUGUGAGUCAUAUAGAGAAGGGAGUCGAGAUUACAGGGAAAGAUAAUGCAGCAUUGCUGUUGUUUAGUGGAGGUGAGACGCGGAAAGAUGCCGGUCCGAGGAGUGAGGCACAGAGUUAUUGGACUGUUGCUGAGUCCAAAGGAUGGUUUGGCAAGCAAGAUGAAGUUAGAUGGAGGGCACUUACAGAAGAACAUGCAAGGGACAGCUUUGAGAAUCUUCUCUUUAGCGUGUGCCGGUUCAGGGAGCUCACAGGCACUUAUCCACUUAAUAUAACUGUUGUUGGAUAUGAUUUCAAGGAGGAGAGAUUUAUGCAUCUGCAUCGCUCUGCAAUUAGGUUUCCAGACACAAGGUUCUUUUACUCGGGCACACCCUCUUCACAAACUUCAAGGGAAGCUGCUUUGAAAGGUGAAGCAUUGGUUAGAACACAAUUCCAGGACGAUCCUUACGGAUGUUUAGGUCCACUUCGUCGUAAAAAGUUUGGGCGGGAUCCUUUUCAUCGGUCAAUUCCUUAUCCUAAUGGCUGUCCUGAAAUUGAAGGACUGUUUAGAUACUGUGGAAGAACACCAUAUUCUGGUCCCCUUCCUUGGGCCUAGCAUACCAAGCUUUUCUUCAUAUGUAUAAAUUGAUAGGACUAGCCAGGACAAAUACGAAGAUGUCACUAGUAGUUACCAUAGAGUUUUGCCGAAAUAGAAAAAUAUGAUGCCAUGAGAUACAUGACUUAGUGGCGCAGCGAAAGCUGUGUAAGACUGUUGCUAAGUGGCAUGUUAAUUUAACUCAGCUUAAUUAAUAGCAUUUUACAAUAUUUGUAACCAA